CCAUCCCUCCACCCGGGCUCCGUUUUGGAUUUAAAAGAAAAAGAAAAGAAGAAGAAGAAAAAAAAAAAAAAAAGAACCGGCGGAAUUCGGCGGACGCUCGGCGGAGAUGUGGCCGGCUGAGGCGUCGCGAUGGCCGGGCAGGAGGCGGCGGGUCGGCCCGCUGGUCGCGGUUCUCUGGAUGAUGCUGAUGCUGGAAACUGGUUCGUCCCCCGCCGGGUUCGUGGACUUCGCCUUCACCACGGAGCCGGAGGACACGGUGACGGUGCGCGGCGGCGUCUUGCGGCUGGACUGCCAGGCGCGGGCGGACACGGCACCGUGGCCGGCCGCCAUCGCCUGGCGCAAGGACGGCGCGGCGCUGAGCGCCGAGGCGGACGAGCGGCGGACACAGCUCGGCAACGGGACGCUGCUGGUGCGAAACGUGGUGCAGUCGCGGCACCAGCGGCCCGACGAGGGCGAGUACCAGUGCGUGGCCACGCUGGACGGGCUCGGCAGCAUCGUGAGCCGCAGGGCCACCGUCACCGUGGCUGGCCCCCUGAGGGUCGUCUCCCCCACCGAGUCCGUCUCCUCCCGUCUGGGCGACACGGCCCUGCUGCUCUGCCGGGUGGACGGAGACCCGAACCCGACCAUCCGCUGGCAGAAGAACCGGCAGGACCUGGACCUGAACCCGGACCCGUCGGACCUGAACCCCGACCUGGACCUGGACCUGGACCCGGACCGGGUCCGCCUGGCCGUACUCCCCUCCGGUUCCCUCCAGAUCAGCCGGGUCCAGCCGCCCGACGCCGCCACGUACCGCUGCCUGGCCGACAACCCGGGGAGCACUAGGACCGGGGCGGACGCCGAGCUGCGGGUGCUGCCAGAGCCCGGCGUUACCAGGAACCUGCAGUUCCUCCAGUUCCCCACCAGGGUUUCUGCUCUGCUCGGAACCGACGCCGUUCUGGAAUGUUCCGCCUCGGGAUUCCCCACGGCCCAGAUCCAGUGGAGGAGAGGGGGGGAGGAAGUACACAGCUGGAACAAGAAGUACUCUCUACUGGCCGGCAGUAACCUGGUGAUCCGCAGCGUCACCGACGACGACUCCGGCAGCUACACCUGCACGGCGGCUAACGACAACCACAACAUCAGCGCUAGCGCCGAGCUACACGUGCUAGUUCCCCCCCAGUUCCUGAGCUACCCCACCAACACGUUAGCCGCCGCCGCCGCCGACGUUGAGCUGGAAUGUUCGGUGACGGGAAGCCCCGCCCCCUCCGUACGCUGGUUAAAGGACGGAGACGAAGUGGUUCCUAGCGACUAUUUCAGAUUAGUGGAAGGAAGCAGCCUCCAGAUCCUCGGCCUCCUCCAAUCAGAUCAAGGCUUCUAUCAGUGCGUAGCGGAGAACGAGGCAGGAAGUAGCGCCGCUACGGCGCAGCUAAUGCUGCGGGAGCCAGAGGCCACGCCCCCUGGGCCCGACCCCGCCCCCCUGACUGACUCCUCCUCCUCCUCUCCCCCCCCAGCUUGGCCCCGCCCCCCGGGCUCGCCCCGCCCCCCCUCCGCCCCCCGAAGCCCCGCCCCCGCCGCCGUGUCCGCCCGCGCCGUCAGGCUGAGCUGGCUCCGCCCCCUGGAGGCCGGAGGGGGCGGAGUCUCCACGUACGGCGUGUUCUACAGAGAGGAGGGCGUGGCCAGGGAGCGCUGCAUCAACGUGUCCGACCCGUCCGUCCACGAGCUAACGGUGUCGCAGCUGAAGCCGGAGCAGAUCUACGUGUUCAGGGUGGUGGCGUUUGGGGAGGGGGGCCCCGGGGACAGCUCGGCCCCCGUAAAGAUCACCACCAAACCAGACCUGCAGGCCCCCGGCAGGGCGGAGUCUCUCCGAGGCUCCGCCCUCUCCUCCACCUCCAUCCAGGUCACAUGGGAGGCCCCGGCCAAUCAGAACGGGCCGCUGCUGGGCUACCGCCUCCUGUGGAGGGAGGAGGGCCAAUCAGGAGAGGAGCAGAGCGCGGAAGUGGGCGGGACUAGCUACAAGAUGGACGGCCUCAGCAAGUUCACCGCGUACAGCGUACGCGUCCGCGCCGCUAACCGCUACGGAUUGGGCCCGGCGUCCGAGCCCGUCGUCGUCACCACGCACUCGGACGUUCCUAGCGCUGCUCCGCAGAACGUCUCCUUAGACGUGGUUCUGUCCCGGAGCAUCAGGGUGUCGUGGAUUCCCCCCCCGAGGAACAGCCAGAACGGCCUCAUCACCGCCUACAAGAUCAAGUACAAGAAAGCCGGUCGCCGCGGCGACCAGGAGGCCAUUGAGCCCAACAACCUGUGGUACCUGAUCACCGGUCUGGAGAAGGGCAGCCGUUACAGCUUCCAGGUGUCGGCCAUGACGGUCAACGGAACCGGACCGGCCAGUGAUUGGACGGAAGCAGAGACUCCGGAGAACGACCUGGACGAGAGCCAGGUCCCGGACCAGCCCUCGUCCCUCCACGUGAGGCCCCUCCCCCGCAGCAUCGUGAUGUCGUGGACUCCGCCCCUCCGGCCCGGCGUGCUCGUCCGCGGCUACAUCAUCGGCUACGGCGUCGGGAGUCCGUACGCCGACACGGUGCGAGUCGACGGCAAGCAGCGCUACUACGCCAUCGAGAAGCUAGAGCCCAGCUCCCACUACGUCAUCUCCCUAAAGGCUUUCAACAACGCGGGGGAGGGAGUUCCGCUGUACGAGAGCGCUGUGACGCGCUCGCUAGCCGACCCCGGUGACCCCCUGCUGGACUCGGACCUGUUCCACCUGUUUGACUCCGCCCCCUCACCCCCGCCCGACUCCGCCCCCAUGAUCCCGCCCGUGGGCGUGCUAGCGGCGGCGCUAAGCUCAGACUCCGUCCGCGUCUCCUGGGCCGACAACUCGGGCGGGAAGAUUCCCAAGAUGGCCGCCAAGAUGGCCGCCGCCGACACGCCGCGCUUCUACUCCGUCAAGUGGCGGAGCAGCUUCUCGCCCGGCGGCAAGUACAAGUCGGCCGACACGACGGCGCUCAGUCACACCGUCACCGGGCUCAAACCCAACGCCAUGUACGAGUUCGCCGUCAUGGUGACCAAAGGUCGCAGGUCCAGCACGUGGAGCAUGACGGCGCACGCUAGCACCUACGAAGCAGCGCCCGGCUCGGCCCCCAAGGACCUGACGGUGAUCGGGCGCGAGGGUCGUCCGCGGGCCGUCCUCGUUAGCUGGCAGCCGCCGGCGGAGGCUAACGGCCGCGUCACCAGCUACGUGCUGUACUACACGCGGGAACAGGCCCCGCCCCCGGACAAGGCCCCGCCCCCGGACAAGGCCCCGCCCCUGGACGGCUGGACGACGGCGGUCGUCGGGGGCGACCGGCUAACGCACCAGCUAACCGACCUGAGCAUCGACGCCGGCUACUGGUUCCGUAUCCAGGCCAAGAACGCCAAGGGGGCGGGGCCUCUGUCGGAGCCCGCCCACUUCCGCACGGCCAGAGCGGAUCAUCCAGACAAGAUGGCCAACGAUCAAGGUCGUGGAGGAGAGAACGGCUACUGGCCGUCGGACAGCGACGCGGUGGACCGGAGUAGCAUCAACGACCCCGCCCAGAUGCGCCCCCCUCCCCACGGCAGCGUGACCCCCCAGAGGGGGCGGAGCAACAUGCUGGUGGUCGUCGUGGUGUCGGUGGGCGGAGUCACCGCCGUCGUCACGGUGAUCGUCGCCCUGAUCUGCACCCGACACUCCUCCGCCCAGCAGAGGAAGAAGCGCGCCAGCAGCGGCGGCGGCGCUAGCAAGCGGCGCGGCAGCCAGAAGGAGCUCCGCCCCCCCGACCUGUGGAUCCACCACGAGGAAAUGCUGGAGAUGAAGCCGGCGGGAGGCCACGCCCCCUCGCUGGGAGGCCACGCCCCCCCGGGGCGAGGCCCCACCCCCUCGGUGGCCCACAGCCAAUCCGAGGGCCAGAUGGCCGCCAAGGGGGCGGAGUUAGGGCAGGAGGAGGAGGUGGGCGGGGCCUCCACACUGGAGCGAGGGGGGGCGGGGCGGAGCCGGAAGGGGCGGGGCCUAAAGAUGAUGAUCCCGCUGGAGCCGCCGCCCAAAAACACACCGGUGGUUAGCGCCAUCCCGGUGCCGGCGCUGGACAUCCUGCCGUCGCCGUCCUGCGGCUUCAGCCGCGGCAAGUUCAGCCUGAGGCCGAUGCCCUUCCCGAGCCUGACGGUGGACCGCUACGCACCAGCCUUGUCCUCGGACGUCUCCAGCAGCAGCAACCCGCUCCUCCAGCCGCCUCCGCCGGCCGGUUCCUCCGCUCCGGCCGCAGGGCUUCCCGGUUCCUCCUGCCCGGCCGUGGAGCUCCUUCCCGGGCCGUUGGUCGGCGCCGUCCCGGGGGUCUCCGUGGCGGCCGCUCUGGAGGUCCCGGGGGGCGCCGGGGCCGCCGCGGGGGCCGUCCCCGCCCCAGAGGAGCCCUCGGCGGGGUUAGGGAGCUCCUCCGCCCGCAUCAUCCCCACGGCCUGCGUGCGGCCCUCGCACCCGCUGCGGAGCUUCACCAGCCCGCUGCUGCCGCCGCCCGUGAUGGGCGAGUACGGUUCGAGUCUCCCGAAGCCGACGGCUAAGACGGCGUCGCUCGGCCAGGCGGGAAAAGCUCGCUCGCCGCUGCUGCCCGUCUCCGUGCCGACGGCGCCGGAGCUAACGGAGCUAACGGAGGAGGCGGGGCUUAAGACGGGCGAGGACUCGGCUACCAACAUCUACGAGCAGGACGACCUCUCGGAGCAGAUGGCUAGCCUGGAGGGGCUAAUGAAGCAACUCAACGCCAUCACCGGCUCUGCCUUCUAACCCCUGGCCACGCCCCCUCCCUGGAAACCCUCCAAUCCCAGCCAAAGUGGGCGGGGCCGGAACCGGGCUUCAAACAAACUUGAACACUUGUAGAUUCUUUUCCGAAACUCUUUGACAAAAAACUAGCAAAGUCGUAGCUCCUCCCCCUCGGCUGAGUCGGGGGGCGGGGCUUAUCCACGACGACGAGACUGAGAUCCUUCUUCUUCUUCUGCUCCUGGUAUUUAUUUGCCCCUCGCCCGCUAACCGCUAACCGCUGCCAAUGUCUUCCGCCGAUGUUUGUCGCUAACGACUUUUGCUAAUUACAUUUGCGAAUGACUGUCGUAAAAAACGUCGGCGACGUGCUAACGACUGUCGCUAUCUGUCGCAUAAACAUCUAAUGCUAACAGAUUUUUGCUUGAAUCUGUUGCUAACAUCUUUUGCGAACGACUGUUGCUAACAUCUAAUGCUAACAACUUUUGCUAUCAUCUUUUCCUAACAAUUGUCGCUAACGUCUUCCACUAACGACUGUCGCUAACAUUUGUUGCUAACGACUUGUUGGCGCCAGUCGUUAGUGGAAGAUGUUAGCUGUAAGAUAGAUGUUAGCUACGGUCGUUAGCAAAUGUCGUAAGCAAAAGAUGUUAGCGACAGAUGUUAGCGAUAGAUGUUAGUGACAGUCGUUAGCUAAAGUCGCUAACAAACAAUGUUAGCGGCAGUCUUUAGUGGAAGACGUUAGCAACAGUUGUUAGCAACAGAUGAUAGCAAAAGUUGUUAGCAUUAAAUGUUAGUGACAGUCGUUAGCAAAAUAUGUUAGCGACAGAUAGCGACAGUCGUUAGCAAAAGUUGUUAGCAUUAGAUGUUAGCAACAGUCGUUAGCGACAGUUGUUAGCAAAUGAUGUUAGCGACAGUCGUUAGCAAAAUUUGUUAGCAUUAGAUUUUAGCGACAGAUAGUGACAGUCGUUAGCAAAAGUUGUUAGCGACAAACAUUAACGGAAGUUAGCGACCGGCAGAAGAUUUUAGCGCGUUAGCGACAUGUCACGAUGGCGAUAGAGACGGUUAGCGUUAGCGUCAGAUUCACAGGACGCUCUUUUUAUUCGGCGGCUCGAGGAUUUGGCGGGAAACAAUUUGGUUUGAUUUUUUUUGGUCUUUUUUCGGCUUUGUGACAUCACCAUGUGACAUCAUCCGACCUCCAUCUUCCCUUUUUCUCUCCACUCCGGAAAGAUCCGGAAACGUCGGGGGGGGGGAAACUCUUUAAAAAAAAAAUAAUAAUAAUAAAUAAAUAAAGCUGUGAGAGGAACAUUCAAGGUCUGUGACAUCACAGAACCUCGGCCAAUCGGAGGGCAGGACUCCACGACUCCGGUCGAUGCCAAAUCCCUCGUCUCCGUCUUGUGACUUUUCCUCAUUUUUUUUUACAAAUAUGUGCCAUAAUGAAAGGGGGCGGGGCUAUAGGAAACAGCCUUUUUUUGUUUAGUUUUUUUAUUUAUUUUAACAAAAGUUGAUUCUUGAGGAAAAUAAUGUGUUUACAGAUUUGUAGUAUCUGCUUUUGAAGGGGCGGAGUCAUCCAGUGGUCUUAGCUCCACCCCUUUUUUUACAUCGUAAAUCGCCUUGGCAACCACUGAUAAAGCAAAAGAUGUUAGCAAUAGAUGUUAGCGACGGUCGUUAGCAACAAAUGUUAGCGACUGUCGUUAGCAACAAAUGUUAGCGCCAGACGUAAGCGACAAACAUUAGCGGCAGUUGUUAGCUAAAGAUGUUAGUGACAGUCGUUAGCAAAAGUCACUAGCAAAAGAUGUUAGCGACAGUUGUUAGCAAAAGUCACUAGCAAAAAAUGUUAGCGACAGUCGUUAGCAAAAGUCAUUUGCAAAAGUCGUUAGCAAAAGACGUUAGCGACAGUUGUAAGCAAAAGAUGUUAGCAAUGGUCGUUAGCAAAAGUGAGCAAAAGAUGUAAGCGACGGUUGUUAGUGGAAGACGUUAGCGACAGUUGUUAGCAAAAGUUGUUAGCAACAGAUGAUAGAGAAAGUUGUUAGCAUUAGAUGUUAGCGACGGUCAUUAGCAAAAGUCGUGAGCAAAGGAUGUGACUCUUUCAUUGACAGGAGUAAAAAGUUCCCGCCCAUUUCGAGUUAUCGAGCUUCCGAUUGGAUCUUUGAGCCACGUUUUUUUUUACGAUUUAAAAAACACGCAUUACCUCGCUACGCUAGCUAAACUACGAAGAAAAACAAACGCGACUUCUUCACUCGAGAGUUUUCUGUUUUUAUACGAAAAGACGAUAAAAAGCGAGAUAAAAAAAUAGACAAAUAAAAGCAGAUUCCACAAAAAAGUCUAUUUUUACAUUCUGUUUUUUUUUCAAAGCUGUUUUUUUUUAACCCAGAAUGCAAAGCAACGACACGCGUGUAACUGAAGCUGUGAUGAACUUGUUGUUUUUUUAGGUGAAACACUGUGAAAAAACCUCUGAUGGUCUUUAUUAUUUUUUAUUAUUUAUUUUUAUUCUGCUGCAGAAAUCCUCUUUUCAUCCUUUCAUUCAUGUGUUAAUUUAAUUUAAAUUUUAUUUAAUUAUUUUUUGCGAUGGAAUUUUUUAAGGUUGAAUCUUUUGAGGUCAAAUUUUUUAAGGUCGAAUUUUUUAAAGUUCAAUUUAUUAAG